AGAGAGGGGCAGAGACAGCAAGGGAACAGGGAAGGGAGAGAGAGAGGAACAGCUCCGAGCUCUCGCCUCUGCCCUAGCUGCCAAGGUUCUUGAUUGAUUCCAAUCCAAAACAAAAAUCUGAGUUCUCUCAUCCUCUCUCCUGUCCCAACUCCCAAGAGUGAUUACUGUUUUUUGUUUCGUGGAUGCGAUCUGUUUUACGCGACGAUCUGCUUCGCUGUUCGCGUGUUCGUUAACGGCGGGCGCCGACGGAUUGGAGCUGUCAUUGUCAGGCUUCAUCUUUCGGUUUUAAUUCUCCCAGGAGAAGUUCCUGGGCUGGGAGUAAAUGAGCGGCGCCCUCCCCUGUCGAUACAUGCCGUUUCUCUGGGUGGAAUUUAUGGCUGCUCGGACGCCACGCUGCUUUUAGUAGUAACCAAUGCAGGUUCCUCUUCUUCCACAGGGCCUGGCUGUGGCUGGAAGCUGCAAUUUUUUUUUUGGCAACGAGAUUUGGUCCCUCGCCAGUUUCCACCCUCUGUUUCUUCCUGCUCAGAUCUGUCCGUGUCGCAGGACUCGCACUCCUGCCCGCCAGCUCCUUUUCUUUAAUGGUUGCUGCAGCGAACUGAUCGUUCGUGGUAUUUCUUUUCUCCCGCAGACAGUGGCGGUAGAAGAUUGGGUGCGGGAGCGCGACGUCUCAGCUGGGCUAUCCAGGAAUCCAGAAUUUACUUCGGUGGCGAGGAUGUCUGUGAGCCAUGCGCAGGACAUUGAAAUAUCGCUGUGCGACGGCAACUCGGAGGACGAGCGGCGGCGGCGCAAGAUCGGCUCGCUGCGGCGGAAGGCCAUCCACGCGCUCAAGAAGCGAGGGAGGCGUCGCGUCGACUCCCGCUUCCCGCCGCCGGCCAUUUCCAUCGAGGACGUCCGCGACGCGGAGGAGGAGCGCGCUGUCGCCUCCUUCCGGGAGCGGCUCGCGGCGCACGGCCUCCUCCCCGAGAAGCACGAUGACUACCACAUGAUGCUAAGGUUCCUCAAGGCCAGAAAGUUCGAAGCCGAGAAGGCAAUGCAGAUGUGGUCAGAGAUGCUGAAAUGGAGGAAAGAGUUCGGAACUGACACCAUCCUUGAGGAUUUUGAUUUUGAGGAACUGGAUGAUGUGCUACGCUACUACCCUCAGGGCUACCAUGGUGUUGACCGCCAAGGCCGGCCGGUGUACAUUGAGAGGCUAGGGAAGGUGGAUCCGAACAACCUUAUGCAGAUCACGUCAGUGGAUCGCUACAUCAAGUACCAUGUCCAGGAGUUUGAGAGGGCCUUCAGGGAGAGGUUCCCUGCCUGCACAUUAGCUGCUAAGAGGCACAUUGACUCCACCACUACCAUCUUGGACGUCCAGGGUGUGGGGUUUAAGAAUUUCUCCAGGACUGCUAGAGAACUUGUAAACCGAAUGCAGAAGAUUGAUAGCGAUUAUUAUCCUGAGACACUCCACCAAAUGUUUGUUGUGAACGCUGGCAGUGGAUUCAAGUGGAUCUGGAACAGUGUGAAGGGCUUCCUUGACCCAAAAACUUCAUCCAAGAUUCAUGUGCUCGGUUCGAACUACCAGAGUAGGCUUCUUGAAGUAAUAGAUUCGAGUGAGUUGCCAGAAUUCCUUGGUGGUUCAUGCACAUGUAGUGACAAGGGUGGUUGCCUUGGAUCGAACAAAGGGCCAUGGAAUGAUCCUUAUAUAUUGAAGCUGAUCCACAAUUUGGAAGCUGGAUGCAUGAGGGAAACCACCAAACCCGUUUCUGAGGGCGGAGAAAGAAGCAGCUCUUCCUUUCGGUUGGAACAGAUGAAAUGGCAGGGCAUGUUAAGCGAUACAUCAAAUGCUGAAUCAGGAUCCGAUGUUGAUGAUUUUGGUCCAUCAUUUGUUCAUAAAGUUUCAGGCUAUGGUUGCUUGACUCCGGUUCGUGAGGAGGUAAAGGGCACAGAUUGUGCAACAUACUUGAGCUGCGAUGAUCAAAGUCACCCGGAUAUGGUUCCUGAAUUUUACCAUGGAGUGCAACGGACUACUGAAAUGGUGCAGAAACAAAUGGCUGAUUUCAGGCAAUAUUCCACCAACAGAAGGCCUCGUGAAUUAGGGAACGGCUCUCUUAAUGCCAAUGGUACAGCAGCUGCUCAGAGGGGCUGGGAAGACGUGGCGAAGCUAGUAGUCACAGCCUUGAUCAAGCUCUUCUCCUUCAUCCGGCUGUUCCUUUCCAGAGCCGCCGAGAGUAGGCUAGAGAAGGUCCGUCGCACUGCCCCACCACCAGCAGCAGAGAAGCCAAAGCCGCCCCGAGCCGUCAGCGAAGAAGAGGUGCGCGCCUGCCUGCAGCGCCUGGACAGUCUCGAGUCGCUGUGCGGCCACCUUGCCACCAGGCCUGCGCAGAUCCCGGAGGACAAAGAGCGCGUUCUGCUGAGCUCGUUCGAGCGGAUCCGGUCUGUUGAGGCUGACCUCGAGAGGACCAAAAGAGUGCUGAACGCGACCGUGGCGAAGCAGAAGGCGCUGGUGGAGGAGGUGGCUCUGGAGUCUGUGCAGGAGCUGCCUAGAGCCAAGGUGGUUUUGAUCGAUGGGAUGUUAGCGGCUGGGCGAUGACACGCACGCGUCCGACUGACGUCGUCUCGGCACACCAUGCUUGCACGCUGCAUCACCAUCCGGAUCGGAGCAGGCAGCAGAGGUUAGUGUCAGGAAGGAGGAGUAGGUUAUAUUAUCAUCUCGGGCCCCGAUCGAGUGAGUGGCACGUAAUGCGCUACUACUAUUAUGUUUAUGUUAUCCUCCUGAGGUGGUCUCUCUGAGGAUAUGCAUGCAUGUCUCCAUGGGUAGGGUACGGGCGACGACGACUGUGAUUCUUUGCUUCCACCUCCUGCCCUCCGUGCCGGGCUGGCGGACGAGACGACAACGACACGCCCGCCAUCCCGACCGACCGAGGAGGCUUAUCUCCCCGCAGACUACAGUGCAAGCCCAUCCCUUCCCCUACCCGACGACGCGCCAAUCAUGGCCUCGCCGCCGGCCGCCACUCUCCGUCACUCAUGGAUCGACACCUAACCGCCUCGGUCACUCAUGGAUGAUCGACACCUAAUAUAACCGCCUCGGUCCAUGCAUGGACGACGCUGUCGUCGUCAAUUUUAGUUACAGCUGCACGCAUGAUGUUGCAUUGCAUUCCAGUUGUUGCAGUACAUCGCCGGAUGUUCAACUCAACACACACAGUGCAAGUACAAAAAAAAAAAGAACAA